UCCUCAAAACCAAAGAAAAAUAAGACAGCCCUCACCCCCUUCGAAAAAGCCGAACGCACAACCCGGCACUCCGGAGUCCUCUACAUCUCCCGCGUCCCCCCCUUCAUGAAACCCUCCACCCUGCGCAACCUGCUCACCCCCCACGCCCCCAGCGGUCUCAACCGGCUCUUCCUCACCCCCGAAGACAGCACCACACACGCCUCCCGCGUGCGUCAAGGCGGGAAUAAAAAGAAGUCCUACGCGGACGGGUGGGUGGAGUUCGUUUCCAAAAAGGAAGCCAAAAUCGCUGCUGAAUUGCUCAAUGGGGGGAUCAUGGGCGGCAAGAAGGGCGGAUUCUAUCAUGAUGAUUUGUGGUGUUUGAAGUACUUGCGCGGCUUCAAGUGGCGGGAUUUGAACGAGCAGAUUGCGGCGGAGAAUGCGGAGCGCACGGUUAGGAUGCGGGAGGAGGUGAGGCGGACGCGCAAGGAGAAUCGGGCUUUUGUGAUGGAUGUGGAGAGGGGGAAGAUGUUGGAGGGGAUGGAGAGGAAGAGGGCGGGGAGGGCU